UCCCGGGGUUCGGGCGCAGUCGACGUCGGAUUUCGUUGGUCGCAUCUUUAACAUCGCAAACGUCGCCGGUAUUUCGGUUGUUUUCUUUUUGUAUGAUUUUUCAAAAAAAAAAAAAAAUUAAAAUGAAGUUUUUUUAUUAAUAAAGAAAAUUGAAUUUUUUUGCUUAAUUGGGUUUCUUGUGUGUUUUACCUGGAGUGGGUUUUGGACCGAAGACUAUAUCCAAAUUAAAGUAAUGCAUAAGGACAAACUGUGUUCGAACGCGAUUUCCCAAAAAAAAUUCCGGUGAAAUCCUUUGGAAUUAUUGCAUUAAAACGAUGCGGUUGUUCCUUGUCGUGGCCCUACUGCAGAUCCUGAUACAAAACGAAGUGAUACAAGCAGUGAGCUGGGAAGAAUGGUGGACCUAUGACGGAAUUUCAGGUCCCGCCUUUUGGGGUCUCAUCAAUCCCGAAUGGUCGUUAUGCAACAAGGGCAGAAGACAGUCCCCGGUGAACUUGGAACCUAAUAAACUCCUUUUCGACCCCAAUUUGAGGCAGUUACAUAUCGAUAAACAUCGGGUUAGUGGUACCAUCACCAACACCGGCCACAGCGUGAUAUUCACCGCAUAUAACGACACUCACAGUCACAUCAACAUCACGGGAGGACCCUUAUCCUACCGAUAUCAAUUCCAAGAGAUCCACAUUCAUUACGGACUGCACGAUCAGUUUGGAAGCGAGCAUAGCAUCAAUGGAUAUGCUUUUCCUGCCGAGAUCCAGAUUUUCGGUUUCAACUCACAGCUUUACACAAAUUUUUCGGAGGCGUUGCACAAAGCCCAGGGGAUUGUCGUUGUCGCUCUACUUUUACAGUUGGGUGAUUUAUCGAAUCCGGAGCUCAGGAUAUUAACGGAUCAGCUGGAUAAAAUUAGAUAUGGAGGAGAUGAAGUGGAAGUAAAACGACUCUCCGUAAGGGGCCUUCUUCCAGACACAGACUAUUAUAUGACCUACGACGGAUCAACUACGAUGCCAGCAUGUCACGAGACCGUUACAUGGAUGAUCCUAAACAAACCGAUUUAUAUAACAAAACAACAAAUGCACGGUCUUCGUAGAUUAAUGCAGGGAGACUCCAAGCACCCAAAGGCCCCCCUAGGAAACAAUUUUAGGCCUCCACAGCCUCUACAUCACAGGCCUGUGAGGACGAACAUAGACUUCAACGUUAAAAAUCGCGCUCUGGCCGGUGCUAAACAAUGCCCCAGCAUGUACAAAGACGUCUACUACAAAGCCAACAGUUGGAAGCAGCACUAGGAAGGAUCAUUUAAUUAUUUAAAGACAUUCAUAUCCUAUAUCCAUAUCAAUUUAAUGGUUCAUUCGAUGGAUGAAUGUCAUGGUCACGAUUCACACACAAAUUUAAAAACAUAUCAUUAAUAAAUUAAAUGUUAUUUUGUGCUGAAGGGGAAUAACUGAAAACUAUCAAUGUGUACCGAGUUAAGUUAAUUAAUAUUUAACUUGGUACACACGCAUUAUAUGAAUAUAACGAAUAUAAUAGGCAAAAUUAAAUUUAUUAAGAAAAGCCGCUUUUUUUUAGACUAAGUAGGUUGUUAUUUGGAAUAUUUAGAAGAACGUUAACGAGUUUCAGUUAUGGCCUAAAAAAACUUAUUAAUUGCGAAAAGUGAAACUUUGUUUUAUGGAAACGCUUUGAGUGUAGAGCAUUUUGCGUAAAAAAGAGUUUUUCUUCAAAUGUAUCAUAAACUAUUAGGAUAAGGUACUUUAGGUGAUAUAUUGUACAUUUAGACGACAACAAAAAAAUAUAUAUAUAAAUAAUAUAUUAACACUAUAAUUUAUUAUAAAUAUUAUACUUUGUGUUAAUUUGUACAAAUGUUUAUUUGAAAUUAAACAUUAAAUAAUGGCUAUUAAACUA